GAAAACACCUUUUCCUCUUCUUUACACGAUUUACUUUUUUUAUUAAAAAAAAAAAAAAAAAUGUCACAAAAUUUAAAACCGCCUGCACGCGAACACUCUGUAGAGACGAUCCGUCGAAACAGUGAAGUGAUGGGUAACUUGCGUAAAUUGAUGGUUGUGAACCGUGGUGAAAUUGCUAUUCGUUGUUUCCGUACUGCACAUGAACUUUCCAUGAGAACUGUCGCUAUUUUUUCAAACGAAGAUAGGUUAUCUAUGCAUCGUUAUAAAGCGGAUGAAGCGUAUCAAAUUGGUCAUUUAGGUCAGUUCACACCCGUUGGUGCUUAUUUGGCUCAAGAUGAAAUCAUUCGUAUCGCCAAAGAAAAAAACGUGUCCAUGAUUCAUCCGGGUUAUGGUUUCUUAUCCGAAAAUGCAGAGUUUGCUCGUAAAGUUGAGGCAGCCGGUAUUACAUUUAUUGGACCCACGCAUGAAGUGAUUGACAGUUUAGGUGAUAAAACAAAGGCUAGAACAAUUGCCAUGCAAUGUGAUGUACCUGUUGUUCCUGGCACACCUGGACCCGUCAGUGCUUUCACAGAUGGAAAAGAAUUUAUCGAGAAACAUGGUUUCCCAGUUAUUAUUAAAGCUGCUAUGGGAGGUGGUGGAAGAGGUAUGCGAGUGGUACGAGAUGCUGCUUCCUUUGAAGAUUCCUUCAACCGUGCGAAAUCCGAGGCAUUGGCUGCAUUUGGUGACGGUACUGUCUUUAUCGAGCGCUUCCUGGAUAAACCACGCCAUAUUGAAGUCCAACUUCUUGCAGAUCGUGCAGGUAACGUUGUUCAUUUGUUCGAACGUGAUUGCUCUGUUCAGCGUCGUCAUCAAAAGGUGGUGGAAAUCGCACCAGCCAAAAACUUGGAUAACAAGUGUCGUGAAGCCAUUUUAGCCGAUGCUAUCAAGAUUGCCAAAGCCGUCAAAUACAAGAACGCAGGUACCGCUGAGUUUUUGGUGGAUGCUCAAAAUCGUCAUUACUUUAUCGAGAUCAAUCCUCGUAUUCAAGUGGAACAUACCAUUACGGAGGAAAUUACAGGCAUUGAUAUUGUGGCUGCUCAGAUUCAGAUUGCGGCAGGUGCCUUGUUGCCUCAAUUGGGCUUGACUCAACAACGUAUCCGUCAACGGGGUUACGCUAUCCAAUGUCGUGUCACCACGGAGGAUCCCGAAAAGAAUUUCCAGCCUGAUACAGGUAAGAUCGAAGUCUACCGUUCUUCAGGCGGUAAUGGUGUUCGUUUGGACGGUGGUGCAGGUUAUGCUGGUGCCGUCAUCACGCCUCAUUAUGAUUCGCUUCUGGUCAAAGUCACCUGUACUGGCUCUACCUUUGAAGUCGCGCGUCGAAAAAUUGUACGUGCUCUCGUCGAGUUCCGUAUUCGUGGUGUCAAGACCAAUAUCCCCUUCUUGCAACGUCUCGUCACCUAUGAUACGUUCAUGACCGGUAACUGCUGGACUACCUUUAUUGAUGAUACACCCGAUCUCUUUGAACUUGUACAAUAUCAGAACCGUGCUCAACGUAUAUUGGGUUAUCUAGGUGAUGUUGCUGUGAAUGGAUCUCAAAUCAAGGGACAAGUAGGCGAAUCCACCUACAAGGACGAGAUCGAGAUACCUAUCUUGGAAGACGCCAAUGGCCAAAGUGUCAAUGUCAAUCUGCCUGCUCCAGAAGGCUGGCGUAAGGUCUUACUGGAUCAGGGUCCCGCUGGAUUUGCAAAGGCUGUGCGUGCUCACCCCGGUGUCUUGAUUAUGGAUACAACAUGGCGUGAUGCUCAUCAAAGUUUAUUGGCUACACGUGUGCGUACCAUUGAUUUACUUCGUAUCGCCAAUACAACAGCCCAUGGUCUCUCCAACGCCUUUUCACUUGAAUGUUGGGGUGGUGCCACCUUUGAUGUGGCUAUGCGAUUCUUGCAUGAAGACCCUUGGGAUCGUUUAAUGAAACUUCGUAAAGCCGUGCCCAACAUUCCCUUCCAAAUGUUGCUGCGUGGAGCCAAUGCCGUUGGUUAUACCUCAUACCCCGAUAACGUGGUUUAUGAAUUCUGUGACAAGGCUGUCAAGGCCGGUAUGGACAUUUUCCGUAUCUUUGAUUCAUUGAAUUACGUGGAGAACAUGAAACUGGGUAUUGACGCUGUGAAAAAAGCCGGUGGUGUGAUUGAAGCCAGUAUUUGUUACACUGGAGAUGUAUGUGAUAUCAAGAAGACCAAGUACAAUCUUGAUUACUAUGUGAAGUUGACACAACAACUUGUGGACGAAGGUAUUCACAUUUUGGGCAUCAAGGAUAUGGCGGGUCUUUUGAAGCCAGGUGCAGCCACCUUGUUAGUAGGUACCUUGCGUAAAAUGUUCCCUGAUUUACCCAUCCAUAUGCAUACGCACGAUACAGCAGGUACAGGUGUUGCCUCUAUGCUGGCUGCAGCAGCAGCAGGUGCAGAUAUUGUGGAUGCGGCUAUUGAUUCCAUGUCAGGUAUGACUUCCCAACCUUCCAUGGGCGCUAUUGUAGCAGCCUUGGAACAGACCAACCUAGGUACCGGCAUUAGCUUGGAAAACAUUCAUGCUUUGAAUUCCUAUUGGGAACAAGCGCGUCUCUUGUACUCUCCCUUUGAAGCUAAUGUAAAGGCAGCUGAUUCCGGUGUCUAUGAUCAUGAGAUGCCCGGUGGUCAAUAUACCAAUUUGAUGUUCCAAGCACAGCAAUUAGGUCUUGGUUCCCAAUGGAUUCAGAUCAAAAAAGCGUAUACAGAGGCUAACAAGAUCUGUGGUGAUUUGGUAAAGGUCACACCUUCUUCCAAAGUGGUGGGUGAUUUGGCUCAAUUCAUGGUCUCGAAUUCAUUAAGUGGAGAGGAUGUAGUUGAAAAGGCCUCUACUUUAUCAUUCCCUACCUCGGUGGUUGAGUUCUUUCAAGGUUACCUUGGUCAACCUUAUGGUGGUUUCCCUGAACCCUUGAGAUCCAACAUCAUUCGAGACUUACCUCCCAUCAAUGGUCGUCCUGGUGCUACAUUAGAGCCGUUGGAUCUUGCUGGUUUGAAGACCGAAUUGACAGCCAAAUAUGGUAGCAAUAUUCGUGACUAUGAUGUGAUUUCAGCUGCAUUAUACCCUCGUGUCUUUGCAGAUUAUCGUGAUACGGUGAACCAAUACGGCGACCUUUCUGUUCUUCCUACACGUUAUUUCCUCUGUAAACCCACCAUCGGCGAAGAGUUCCAGGUUGAGAUCGAGGAAGGAAAGACAUUGAUUAUCAAGUUGAUGGCGGUGGGACCCAUUAAUUCCAGUGGUAAACGUGAUGUCUGGUUCGAGUUGAAUGGUGAGAUCCGUGCGGUGGGUAUUACGGAUAACAAUGCCGAGGUGGAGAAUAUUACCCGCGAAAAGGCAAACUUGGCUGUCCCUGGCGAUGUGGCUGCUCCCAUGUCGGGUGUAGUGAUUGAGGUCAAGGUCAAGCCGGGUCAGUUGCUUAAGGCCGGUGAACAAAUUGCGGUAUUGAGCGCCAUGAAGAUGGAAACGGUGGUCACUGCUCCUAUUGCUGGUAGAGUGGAUCGUGUCGUUGCACAAGUUGGAGAUAAUUUAAGUUCGGGUGAUUUAGUCAUUCAAAUUCAUGGAGAGUAAUUUUUUUUUAUAUAUAUAUAUCAUUUUAAAAUAAAAGACAGUGUAAGGUCUUAUUUUGUUACAAGCA